GCAGAGGAGGAAGGGAGUGGUUGGGAACCGGGCUGCGGCAGCCUCCGGUCUCCUCCGCGGCGGCAGCGCCCCCUCCUCCCGCGCCUCCGCCGCCUGCGUCGGUCAGCAAAGAUGCCCUCAGCCCCGGGCUGGGAAGAAGGGACAGGAGCCGCCGCCCGGACCGCCGCCGUCGCGGCUGUCGCCCGCGUCCUUUGAAUUCGUCAGCGCAAACCCCACGCCGAGGGGCGGCGGCGGCGGCGGCCGCGAGCGGGAGCCCGGGCGCUGCGCCCGGCGGCACGGCGCGGCCCCACGGCGGCCUCCGGCAUGGAGCGGGCUCGCGCGACCGAGUAGCCGCCGCCCCCGGAGCCCGGCGCCAGAGCCGCCCGCAGCCCGCCUCAUCCCCGGCCGCGCCGCCGGCCGGCCAGGCCCCGGGAGAAGCCCGGAGGAAGAUGACGCGUCCUCGCCGCAGUCCGCUGGAAGCAGGACUCGCUGCAAAGCCCUAGCUGGGAAGAAAGAGCUCGGCCGCCGAGGCUCGGCGUGCUCCGAGCCGGGAGAGCCGCUUCGGGAGCUGCCCUCCCUUCCCCGCGGAGGACUCGCCCAGGCGCUAGCCGAGUGGAGGCUGGGAGCAUUUGCAGCAGAAUUUUUGGCUUUCCCUCCCCCUCCAUACAUCCCCCCCCCCCACUCCUCCUUUUCCAAUUUUUCUUCUUCCCGGGAAGUGAAUUGCUGAUGCCAAGCGGACUUUAUUCAUUAAUGAUGCAACCGGAUUCGUUUCAGGAUUAUGUUGCACGAAUUGAAUUUUGAAUGAAGGAGUUUUUUGGGUUUUUUUUGUUUUGUUUUUUGUUUUUGAAAGAAGUGUUGACUCUUUAGUUCGUUGUACUUUUAAUUAUUAUUUUAUUUAAGUAUACAGGUUAAUUGUAUUAUUCUCUUAAAAAUAUCAAAUCUAUAUUUUAUGGAAACUUACCCUGAAGAUAUAUAUGUUUAUGAGUGAAAUUGAAGACGCUUCCGUUAAGUGAGGUGACUGGUGUGUUGGAUGUUUAAUUCAGCACCGGCAUUGCAUGACAGUUGUUGAAAUAACAAGUGGUUUAUUUUUUUUAAAACCACACCUUUAAAAUUUUAGGUUCUGAUAGUCACUGUAGACAUCGUAAGGGCAGUUAAAAGAAAACCAGCAGAGAUCGAAGCAAACAUGUCCGGGGAAGUGCGUCUGAGGCAGUUGGAGCAGUUUAUUUUAGAUGGGCCGGCUCAGACCAAUGGGCAGUGCUUCAGUGUGGAGACUUUACUGGACAUACUCAUCUGUCUUUAUGAUGAAUGCAAUAAUUCCCCACUGAGAAGAGAGAAGAACAUUCUUGAAUAUCUAGAAUGGGCAAAACCAUUCACUUCUAAAGUGAAGCAGAUGCGAUUACACAGAGAAGACUUUGAAAUAUUAAAGGUGAUUGGUCGAGGGGCUUUUGGGGAGGUUGCUGUAGUUAAACUAAAAAAUGCAGAUAAAGUAUUUGCCAUGAAAAUUCUGAACAAGUGGGAAAUGCUGAAAAGAGCUGAGACAGCGUGCUUUCGUGAAGAGAGGGACGUGCUGGUGAAUGGGGACAACAAGUGGAUAACAACCCUGCACUACGCUUUCCAGGAUGACAACAACCUAUACCUGGUUAUGGAUUAUUAUGUUGGUGGGGAUUUACUUACUCUGCUCAGCAAAUUUGAAGAUAGGCUGCCUGAAGACAUGGCUCGUUUCUACCUGGCUGAGAUGGUGAUAGCAAUCGACUCAGUCCAUCAGCUCCACUAUGUACACAGAGACAUUAAACCUGACAAUAUAUUGAUGGAUAUGAAUGGACAUAUUCGUUUAGCAGAUUUUGGUUCUUGUCUGAAGCUGAUGGAAGAUGGAACGGUCCAGUCCUCAGUGGCAGUUGGAACUCCAGAUUAUAUUUCUCCUGAAAUCCUUCAAGCUAUGGAAGAUGGAAAAGGCAGAUAUGGGCCUGAGUGUGAUUGGUGGUCUCUGGGGGUCUGUAUGUAUGAGAUGCUCUAUGGAGAAACACCAUUCUAUGCUGAAUCUCUGGUGGAGACAUAUGGAAAAAUCAUGAACCACAAAGAGAGGUUUCAGUUUCCACCCCAAGUGACUGAUGUGUCUGAAAAUGCUAAGGAUCUUAUUCGAAGACUCAUUUGUAGCAGAGAACAUCGACUUGGCCAAAAUGGAAUAGAAGAUUUUAAGAAACAUCCAUUUUUCAGUGGAAUUGAUUGGGAUAAUAUUCGAAACUGUGAAGCACCUUAUAUUCCAGAAGUUAGUAGCCCAACAGAUACAUCAAAUUUUGAUGUGGAUGAUGACUGUUUAAAAAAUUCUGAAACAAUGCCUCCACCAACACAUACUGCAUUUUCUGGCCAUCAUCUACCAUUUGUUGGUUUUACAUAUACUAGUAGCUGCGUUCUUUCUGACCGGAGCUGUUUAAGAGUCACAGCAGGGCCCCCCUCUCUGGACCUUGAUGUCGAUGUCCAGAGAGCUCUAGAUAAUAACUUAGCAACCGAAGCUUAUGAAAGAAGAAUUAAGCGGCUAGAGCAGGAGAAGCUUGAACUUACUAGAAAACUUCAAGAGUCAACACAGACUGUUCAAGCUCUACAGUAUUCAACUGUUGAUGGUCCACUAACAGCAAGCAAAGAUUUAGAAAUUAAAAGCCUGAAAGAAGAGAUUGAGAAACUAAGGAAACAAGUAGCAGACGUGAAUCAUUUGGAACAACAACUUGAAGAAGCUAAUUCAGUGAGACGGGAGCUAGAUGAUGCUUUUAGGCAAAUCAAAGCUUUUGAAAAACAAAUCAAAACUUUACAGCAGGAAAGAGAGGAGCUAAAUAAGGAACUAGUCCAGGCUAGUGAGCGAUUAAAAAACCAGUCCAAAGAGCUGAAAGACGCACACUGUCAGAGGAAGCUGGCCAUGCAGGAGUUCAUGGAGAUCAAUGAACGACUAACAGAAUUGCACACCCAAAAACAGAAACUUGCUCGCCAUGUCCGAGAUAAGGAAGAAGAGGUGGACCUGGUGAUGCAAAAAGCUGAGAGCUUAAGGCAAGAGCUGCGCAGAGCAGAAAGAGCCAAGAAAGAGCUGGAAGUUCACACUGAAGCCCUGAUUGCUGAAGCGUCGAAGGACAGGAAGCUGCGUGAGCAGAGCGAGCAUUACUCUAAACAGCUGGAGAACGAACUGGAGGGCCUGAAGCAAAAACAAAUUAGUUACUCCCCAGGAAUAUGCAGCAUAGAACACCAGCAAGAGAUAACUAAGCUGAAGACUGACCUGGAAAAGAAAAGCAUCUUUUAUGAAGAAGAGAUAUCUAAAAGAGAAGGAAUACAUGCAAGUGAGAUUAAAAACCUGAAGAAGGAGCUGCAUGACUCUGAAGGCCAGCAACUUGCUCUCAACAAAGAAAUUCUGGUUUUAAAAGACAAAUUGGAGAAAACCAGGAGAGAAAGUCAAAGUGAAAGGGAAGAAUUUGAAAAUGAGUUCAAACAACAGUAUGAACGGGAAAAAGUCUUAUUAACAGAAGAAAAUAAAAAGUUAACGAGUGAACUUGAUAAGCUGACCACGCUGUAUGAGAACUUAAGUGUACGCAACCAGCACUUAGAAGAAGAGGUCAAGGAUCUAGCAGACAAGAAAGAAUCAGUUGCUCACUGGGAAGCCCAAAUCACAGAGAUAAUCCAGUGGGUGAGUGACGAAAAGGAUGCGCGAGGCUAUCUUCAGGCCUUAGCUUCUAAAAUGACAGAAGAAUUGGAAGCGUUGAGAAAUUCCAGCUUGGGGACACGAGCAACAGAUAUGCCCUGGAAAAUGCGUCGUUUUGCAAAACUGGACAUGUCAGCUAGACUAGAGUUACAGUCAGCUCUGGAUGCAGAAAUAAGAGCUAAGCAGGCCAUCCAGGAAGAGCUAAAUAAAGUUAAAGCAUCUAACAUCAUAACAGAAUGUAAACUCAAAGAUGCAGAGAAGAAGAACUUGGAACUGCUAUCCGAAAUUGAGCAGCUGAUAAAGGACACUGAAGAGCUUAGAUCUGAAAAGGGUAUAGAGCACCAAGACUCACAGCAUUCUUUCUUGGCAUUUUUGAAUACGCCUACCGAUGCUCUGGAUCAAUUUGAAGAUUCCUUUUCUUCUUCCUCAUCCUCACUGAUUGAUUUUUUGGAUGACCGCUCCCCGUCCUGUACUCCAGCUAACAAAGGCAGACGUACUGGUCCUGUUGACAGCACUUAUAUACGGAACCCGAGCAUCAAGUUUUCCGUUCAGUCAAGGUCCACAUCUCCUUCCACAUCUAGUGAAGCUGAGCCAGUUAAGAUUGCAGACUGUGCUCCACUUCCAGCUCACACGCCGACCUUAAGGAAAAAGGGAUGCCCUGCCUCGGCUGCCUUCCCACCUAAGCGCAAGACUCAUCAGUUCUUCGUGAAGUCUUUCACUGCCCCUACAAAGUGCCACCAGUGCACCUCCUUGAUGGUCGGCUUGAUAAGACAGGGCUGUUCCUGUGAAGCGUGUGGGUUCUCGUGUCAUAUAACGUGUGUGAACAGAGCCCCGGCCGCUUGUCCGGUUCCUCCUGAGCAGACCAAGGGUCCCCUUGGUCUAGACCCACAGAAGGGAGUGGGGACAGCGUAUGAGGGCCAUGUCAGGAUCCCUAAGCCAGCGGGAGUGAAGAAAGGGUGGCAGAGAGCCCUGGCUGUGGUCUGUGACUUCAAACUAUUUCUCUACGAUAUUGCGGAGGGAAAGACAUCUCAACCCAGCUCUGUCAUCAGCCAAGUGAUUGACAUGAGAGAUGAAGAAUUUUCUGUAAGUUCAGUCUUGGCUUCUGAUGUUAUUCACGCAAGUCGAAAAGAUAUUCCCUGUAUAUUUAGAGUCACAGCUUCCCAGCUCUCCGCACCUGGUAACAAAUGUUCCAUCCUGAUGCUGGCGGACAGUGAGACCGAGAAGAGUAAGUGGGUGGGAGUGCUGAGUGAACUACACAGGAUUCUGAAGAAAAACAAAUUCCGAGACCGCUCAGUGUAUGUUCCCAAAGAAGCUUACGACAGCACUCUACCCCUCAUCAAAACCACGCAGGCUGCUGCAAUCCUAGAUCAUGAAAGGAUAGCUUUGGGAAAUGAGGAAGGAUUAUUUGUCGUGCAUGUCACCAAAGAUGAGAUUAUUAGAGUUGGUGACAAUAAGAAAAUUCAUCAGAUUGAACUCAUUCCAAGUGACCAGCUUGUUGCUGUGAUCUCAGGCCGAAAUCGCCAUGUCCGACUUUUUCCUAUGUCAGCUUUGGAUGGCCGAGAGACGGAUUUUUAUAAGCUGGCAGAAACUAAAGGGUGUCAAACCAUAACUGCUGGGAAAGUACGCCAUGGAGCUCUGUCCUGCCUGUGUGUGGCUAUGAAAAGACAAGUCUUCUGUUAUGAGCUGUUCCAGAGCAAGACCCGGCACAGGAAGUUUAAGGAAAUUCAAGUCCCAUGUAACGUCCAGUGGAUGGCCAUCUUCAGUGAGCAACUUUGUGUAGGAUUCCAGUCGGGAUUUCUCAGAUACCCCUUGAGUGGAGAAGGAAGUCCAUGCAAUAUGCUCCACUCAAAUGACCACACACUAUCAUUCAUUGCACAUCAACCCAUGGAUGCUAUCUGUGCAGUUGAGAUCUCCAACAAAGAGUAUUUGCUGUGUUUUAACAGCAUUGGGAUAUACACGGACUGCCAGGGCCGAAGAUCUAGACAACAGGAAUUGAUGUGGCCAGCAAAUCCUUCCUCUUGUUGUUACAAUGCACCUUAUCUCUCCGUUUAUAGUGAAAAUGCAGUUGAUAUCUUCGAUGUAAACUCCAUGGAAUGGAUACAGACCCUUCCUCUCAAAAAGGUUCGACCUUUAAACACUGAGGGAUCAUUAAAUCUUUUAGGGUUGGAGACUAUUAGAUUAAUAUAUUUCAAAAAUAAGAUGGCAGAAGGGGAUGAACUUGUAGUUCCUGAAACAUCAGAUAAUAGUCGAAAACAAAUGGUUAGAAAUAUCAACAACAAGCGGCGUUACUCCUUCAGAGUCCCAGAGGAGGAGAGGAUGCAGCAGAGGAGGGAGAUGCUACGAGAUCCAGAAAUGAGAAAUAAAUUAAUUUCUAACCCAACUAAUUUUAACCACAUAGCACACAUGGGUCCUGGAGAUGGAAUACAGAUCCUAAAAGACCUGCCCAUGCCAGGUUUCCCUUAUCCAUCCCCUCAUCGCUACUCCGGUCUGAUCUCCUCUCCGAGCAACUUUGAGCACAUCUAUCACAUGACUGUCAAUUCUGCUGAACAGUUUCUCUCUCCUGAUUCCAUAAACCCUGAGCACCCCCCGUCCCUGCGCUCUGCCCCUGGUACACCACACUCCGUGACUCUGAGGAACCCACGUCCUCAGGAAAGCCGGACAGUAUUCAGUGGCUCCGUCAGUAUUCCCUCCAUCACCAAGUCCCGCCCUGAACCAGGCCGCUCCAUGAGUGCCAGCAGUGGCCUGUCUGCACGGUCAUCAGCCCAGAACGGCAGUGCACUCAAGAGGGAGCUCUCUGGAGGAAGCUACAGCGCAAAGCGACAGCCCAUGCCCUCUCCCUCAGAGGGCUCUUUAUCAUCCGGAGGCAUGGACCAAGGAAGUGACGCCCCCGCGAGGGACUAUGAUGGAGAGGACUCUGAUUCUCCAAGGCAUUCCACAGCUUCCAACAGCUCCAACCUGAGCAGCCCCCCAAGCCCCGUUUCACCCCGAAAGACCAAGAGCCUCUCCCUGGAGAGCACAGACCGCGGGAGCUGGGAUCCGUGAGCCCAGGACCGCGCUGUGGCCACAGGCAGGGACUCCGCACCGGACAACGUGCCUGGCAGCAGCUCGCCCUCCGCACUGCAGCAGGAAGGAUCCCUCCGCAGCCAGGCCCGCUUUCCCCUCCCCCUCCAGGUAGCUUCCGUAGACAGACUGCGCAGACGCAGCGCUAAGAGUAGACGGGUUGUGUUCUUUCUCACAGUAGUCCUCAAGUAGCGCCCAGCAGCCUCCAUGAGCGCCAGCCCGACUGUUGCCAGGAAUAAAUCCUCACGACUUCAAACAAUGCAUAUUUUACUACAAUACAGAGUUUAAAUAAAUACAUAAAUGUAGAAGUUAAAUACUGAAUGUAUAUAGUCAAAGAAGCAUCUUGUGUUCGAUGAAAGAUGGAUGCGUAUAUUAAGAAAGACAUUUAAUUUAAAGAGAUGUGUUGUUCCUGUCUGUUUUUCAACCGAGUCAUAUACAGGGUAGAAAGGCCUCAAGUGACAUUUGUGAAGAGAUCAGAAGUCAGGUCCCCGUGCUAUCUGUCCUCAAGUGUGGGUAGGCUGAGGUCAUGGGGAGACCUAAGGAAUGUUUAGAGGUUGGUGCCAUUGGUGGGAUCGAAAUCACGCCAGGCCCGCCCACCUGCCUCCCAAGGCAUUUCUUUCUCUAGUGAUGGAUUUGAACAUGCCCCUCUUACUAUAUUUUGAUAUCUGGAACAGUUGAAUGUGAAAGACAAUUCUGUCAUCUUCUGACCCUUCCUUCCCAUCAUAAAGGGCACAGGGAGAGAGUCAUGGCUUCUGAAGAUCAUCGAAUAGUUCAUGUAGCUGGGUUUUUUUGUUUGUUUGUUUUUUGUUUUUUUGUUUUUUUGUCCUGGCCAAAUCCUGUUCCUUCCUAGGUUGCAGGGAGUCUGUCUGGACUGGGCACAGCUCCCAGUGAGGAGCCUGUUUGGUUAGGGUAGUUGUGAACUUCCUCACACACACUCCUGGAGAAAGGGCUUCUUUCUCCUACUAAAUCAUGUGAAACCUCAGAAGCAUGGGCUUGAACAGCCUUGACCAAAUAUGCCUUCCCAUGUGAGGGGACCAUGGAGCCUGUGCAUAGGCCCAGGGGUGUGCUGGCUGCCAUGGAUUGUCAGCCAGCUCCCAUUCUGAAUAUCUGCUGCUGUACUUGUCCAAGAAAGCAAGAUGGAGACCAGAACUCACCUCUACCCACGUUUCACCAGCUAGGACAUAGAAAAAAGAUGGAAACUACAAUAUCCCAUGCAAAUAAGGAGGCCCCGCCACUCUUCAUCUUCACCUCUUUUGGGUUGAAAAGCCACUAUUUCUCCCCACCUUAACCACACCUAAAAUAGAUUUCCAAAGUUGUAACCUGCCAGGCAUGCUGGCAGGCCCUCUGGGCCAGACACCCGAGGUGGGCAGAGUUCGGGGAGGGAAAGGUGAUGGAAACACGUCUGGCAGGGUCUUCAACAGCAGCUUUGACACGUUCUAGAUUCUCCACUGGCUCAGACAUUUCGUUUGGGAUGAGGAUUGUGUCAUGUUAAUCCGAAUUGUUUUGCUUUUGGAAAAGAAGUAUCAUAAACAUUUGUGUGCAUCCAAAAAUAAGGGUCAGAUCUUGAGUUUGGUCAGAGCCUUAUUGUUGUUGUAUCUGCUUGAAUUUGGCACUUGGCCUGAUAGAACUGGCCGCCCUCCCCUUGGUCCUUCCCUCUCCUUCCUAGGCAGAAAACCGACCAGGCUGGAGACUGACAGGAUUCACCCUGAGCCUUUGGUUUGUAGCUUUGACAACCAAUCGCAAAUUUUUGUUACUACAGGUGCUUGUUUGUAAAAGGACCCCUUUAGAGUCAAGUCUAACCCUCUCUAAAGUUCAGCUCAUUGCAGUGAGCCCCACCCGAGCUCAGCCCCACCCCCACCCCCGUCCCCUGUGGAUUGGAUUUCCCACUGCAGUCACAGAUGCAGGCAUCGUAACAGCAGCCCUGGCCCAGAGUGUGGGGCGGGGCUCUCCUGAUAACCACAUCUUACUUACCCCAGCCUUACAUGCAGAGUGUUCCUGUCCGAAGCUGUGGAGGUGGAAGAAAGUUGGUGGACAGGCUUCCAGGGGACAGAAGAUCCCUCAGAGAUAACAAAGGCCAGAGAAAAGGCCUGUGGCCCUGCUUAAAAUCACUCUCCCUACCCCCAUGCAAGGUACUUGAAAGUGUGGAGCAGCAGGAAUUGAUCUCUAAAUGGGGAAAAAAUGGCAUUCAGAGCCAUUUCUGGCAUAGAGUCUCUGGGUUAGUACUUGGUGCUGUGUCCAGCCUGUUUGCUAUUGGCCCUUGAAUUCUGGCUAACCUGUUAUGUGGGUUUGGGGUAGGUAUACAAAUAUAUUACAUUUUUUUUGUUUUGGUUUUUGCCAAAAAUGAAAGCCUUCCUAUCAAUGAUCGCUAAAGCAGAUUUCACCUAAAAUGUCUCUGUCUGUGUGCACACUCCCUGGGCUUAGCUAUUUGUGUUCCUUCCCAGUGAGCAUGGCUUGAAGACUGAGGGAUGGCUACCAAUGACCUGUUUGGCUUUCUCGAGAAUUCCUAUAGCCAAGCUUAAAGGGAGCAUCUGAAGUCCUUGCCUUUCCCACCAGCCCUUCCUUCAGCCUCUUCUCUUUCAUGUUAGACUCCUGUCAUUUUGUGACGUAGUGGCCACGUUCACUUCCAAGAAAGCUAGCUGGCUUGUGUGGAACCUCAGGGAUCAUUAAGGAAAAGCUAGAGCAGAGGGCAGACAUCUACUCCCACAUGCAACAGCCCACAUGCAGCCUUGGCAGUGACCAUAAACUCAAUUCUAGCUCAGUAGACCUAGCCGACACCCCCUGCCCCAACACGGGUGCACUUACAACAGCGUGACACCCCUGUUGCAGGUCAUGCUUUUCCCAAGAUCGAUGGCCCUUUCCAGUCCCACCUGGCCGGCCCUGCCCCCUUCCAACCUGGUUUGGCUGCACAGCAUCUCACUUCACCCUGGAGCGGCUCGUUCCUUGUUGACCGCUUGUCUUUGCAAGUCCAGCGUUCGCGUGGAGCCAGCCCUGCUGCAGUGAGUCUCCUGCAGCCCCAGCAUCACAUGGUCCCGUCGCAGGGACCGAGAUACAACAGGGCCUACUCCAGUUUCAGGAGACUGACUGCCACAAGUCAGCCUCAAUGCCACUGAAAACAAAGUGACCCACCUUUUUAUUUGAUAGUAUAUCAUUUAUUAUAUAAAUUUUUAGGAUUUUUCUCAUUGUAAUAUUAUUGUACAGUUUUGCAUGGCCUAGGUGUAAUUUUUGUUUAGACUAUGAUGCUGACCAACGUGUGUGUGGAAGGGAAGAUACUGCUUUGGCCUCUUUUCAUUUCAUUUGGUUUGGUUUCAUCCCUUGAUGUCUUAGGGAACUUCCUGAGAGCGUGUCUGCUACCAGACUAUGGAUUCUUUUGCACAGAAUUAUUUAAGGUGGGAUAGUAAAAAAUGUAACAAAGACUUUCUCACCAAUAUUUUAUGUUGGUGUCACCUAAUUAACCAGACUUUGAUGUACUGCAAUAAAAUAAGGAACUGUUA